GCCGGCCCUGCCGUACCGGAAUGGUGCUUUUAGUACCGGCUCCAAGAGGGUGUCGCUUAGUCCACACACGGUGCACACAGGCCGCGCAGAGUAGUUACCGAGAACCGGACCCAUCCGAGGAUGAGAAGAUCACAGGGACAACCUUUGGCCGUAAUGUACCUGCUACUGAUGGCCGGUUUCGGUUUGCUGCUGAUGCCCAUCUGUCAGGGCGAGGAUACACCAAAGUCUACGACCACGAAAGACACCGGAGAGUACUCACCGAUAGAAGACGUAGGCCGGCUGGCUCAAGGUGCAACCGGCUUCUUCGGGCAGUUCUGGAACACUGGCACCCGGCUGGGAGGAGAAUACGCCCGCCGUACGUUCGAUUUCCUGAAGGUGAAAAAAUAACAGGGUUGUUUGAUGGACGGGAGCGGUUGUUUAAUGUUUGUAUGGUCGUUGCAUCAGUCGCCGGAGUUGUUUGCCGCCGUGUCGGUUUUGUGCCCUUUGAUUCUUGCCUUUAACUAUCAAAGCGUUGUAGAUAAAAACGACGGUUACACAUUGCCCAAUGAUUAGUAUUUCAUAGUAAAAUAGCUUUGCAAAAAUAUUGAAUUGCCCGUAUAUGUUUAGCGUUCAAUAAAAAGUUGCACUUUAGUCCAACUGUUGAGGCUAUUCUACCCAAGCAAUCAAAUUACGAUGUUAUGCUUUCUUUUUUAUGUAACGAACGGUACUUAACAAAAUAAAGUAAAGCUGUUUGUGUAUUUCUUGCAGUAAUCAGAAUUGUUAAAAUUUAAUUACAGUACGUGCUAAAUUUGUUAAGAAAAGCUCUAAAGAAAACCAGCACAGCUUACAUUAAAAAUGCCAACAUUUAACGUA